GAUUUCCUAUCACAGCUGAUUACCAAAACUGUUGUUUGCUCGACGUACUUUGAUCCAUUAUAGGUUAGAUAUUUUGCUAACAUUUUAUCUUUGUUCGUACGGUAUUUAGUUUGAUUGCUCAACAUCAUUCAACGAGAAUGGAAAAAAAUCUGGAAUCUUGUUUAGAGGAAGUUCAAAGUCACGAAGAUGUCACUGGUUGUCUUCUCGCCGACAAGUUGGGACUGUGUCUUACAGCUACUGGGACCGCAAAACCUGAAUAUACCGGCAUCAUAGCUGCACUGGCUAAGCAAGUUUCAAAGUUGGAGCCUUCUUCACCCCAUCCUGUGAUUCUUCUAGAAAAUGAUACAAGGCAAUGUCUAAUCCAGCAGAGUGGUAACCUGACAGCCGCCAUCUUUAAAAACACACAAUCGUCAUGAUCAAAACCAGGCUGAAGUAAACCUAGCACGCAUCCCCCCUCUUCCCCUACCCACACACCCACCCCCUCAACACUCACCUUCUUCAUAGAUAUUUUUAUAGUUUUAUCCUUUUUUAUAAAAAAUAUAUACUCCUAUUUACAAUACAAAAUAUUUGGUAAAAGACACACUAGAUAGAGACACCGGUUUGUAGGCAAAGAUUCACUUUGAUCUGUCAGCAUU